GAAUGUCAAAAUUAUUAACCUAAUUUUCAUCUAACCUAGAAAUUUGUGUUUUAUAUUUAUAAAUAUAUUACAAGAAUAUGCAAUUAUAAGCUCAUUGUAGAAGUUUUUAUUAUAUUUUUUGUAUUGUAUCGAACAAGUAACUGCAAUAAUACUAAUAAAUAUUUGCAAACAUGGGUUCUGCGGAUAAAAAGCGAAUCCUUCUCUGCGGUGAUGUUGAGGGAAAAUUCAAUGCCUUAUUCAAAAAAAUCAACAGUAUUAUUAAGAAAAGCGGGCAGUUUGACAUGCUCAUUUGUGUGGGAAAUUUUUUCGGCAUAAACAAUAAAGAAUUCGAUGAGUACAAGUUAGGAAAUAAGAAAGUACCUCUGCCUACCUAUAUACUGGGUCCAAAUAAAGCAGAUCAUGUGAAUAUGUACCCCGAAGAGGAUGAGGAGCUCUGUACAAAUUUAUUUUAUUUAGGUAAAAGAGGACUAUACACAGGUAUUAAUGGGUUGAGAAUUACUUAUGUCAGUGGAAUUAGUAGUUCUGCUUCAAAAGAACCAUUCAAUUAUGAUACGAAUGACAUAUCUGAACUAUUUGAUCUAUGUGUACGAGGCAACCCAGCUUUUAGAGGUGUUGAUAUUUUGCUAACCUCACAAUGGCCUGCUCAGAUGCUGGUUGAUCCUGAAAAGACUAAACCACUUUAUGCAAGUGCACUACCAAAUUGGUUGAUUAUGAAAUUGAAACCUAGGUAUGUAGUGAGUGGUUUAGAAGGAAAAUACUAUGAAAGACCCCCAAUGAGGAUACCUACCUUAGGAGACAAUGAUUCAACAGUCGAGAUUGCAACUAGAUUUAUUGGUCUUGGACGGGUUGAUAAUAAAGAAGGUGCAAAAUGGUUGUAUGCAUUAAACUUAACACCUAUAGAUAAAAUGAAACUUUCUGAAUUGAUACAGAAAACCACUGAUGAGACUCCUUGUCCAUUUACAUUUGACGAUUUACAGAGUGCAGUUUUUCAAGUAAAAAAAUCAUCUGGAACAAAACAGUAUUUCUAUGAUACAACACCAAUUGAAGAACCAAAAGCGAAAAAGCAGAAGAGAGAAAAAAUUACAUUUGAUCAAGAGAAAUGUUGGUUCUGCUUAGCAAGUCCAUCUGUCGAGAAACAUCUUAUUAUAACAAUUGGAGAUCAUUGUUAUAUGGCACUAGCAAAAGGUGGUUUAGUUGAAGAGCAUUUCCUAAUUUGUCCCAUACAGCAUUACCAAAAUAGUGUAAAUCAGCCUGAACCUGUCAGAAUAGAGAUGAACCAGUUCAAGAAAGCACUUGUUAAAUUUUACCAAAGGGAAUCUAAAGUUCCUAUUUUCUUCGAAAGAAAUUACAAAACCUCCCAUAUGCAAUUACAAGUGAUUCCAAUACCAGAAAAAGCACAAAGGGAAUUGAAAGACAUAUUUAUGGAUGAAGCAGAAGCCAAUGGUUUCAAUUUGACUGAAGCUGAUAGCUUUGAACGUUUGGAGGAAGUUCUUCCACCCAAAACUCCCUAUUUUCUUGUGGAACUACCAUCGGGUACUGUUUUAUAUAAUACAAUCAAAGGAAACUUUCCAAUCAAUUUUGGAAGAGAAGUUUUGUGCACUGGCCCUGUUCUAAAUUUACCUGACAGAACAGAAUGGAAGGAAUGUUGCCUCGGUAAAGAAGAAGAAAUAGCUCUAGUUGAAAGAAUAAGAACAGAUUUUGAACCAUUUGAUUUCACUAUAUAGAAUAAAGUAAGAAGUAUUUUGUA